AUGACAAGUACUGUGCCUGCCGUCUACGCGUUCCCUGAAUUCUCUGGAGUUGCUGCUGCAGUUGCAGACCAUGUUGUGGCUGCCCAAAAUGCUGCCUUGGCUCCUCCAAAGAAAAUCACAUCAAACUCAGCAAGUUCCAUACCAACUUCUACAUCAUCCACUCCCAUAGCUUCAAAUAGUAAUAGUGCAACAAAUACAAGUCUGGCAUCUUUCCAAUCUUCUCCAUUGGUUCCAUCUACUUCAAAUACAAUAACAGGAUCUACAAAUAUAAUAGGACAACAACAACAACAACAGGAACAGCAGCAACAACAACAACCACAACAACCACAACAACAGCAACAACAACAACCACAACCACAUCCAGUCAAUGCACCAUCACAACGUCGCUUCAAAAUCGGCCUCUCUGGUGGAUCUCUCAUAUCAGUCUUAGAAGAAGGCCUUCUCGCACGACCAGACGUUAUCUGGGACAGAUGGGACAUUUACUUUGCAGACGAAAGACUCGUCCCCUUUGACUCCCCCGAAUCUAAUUAUGGCCUUGUUAAGCGUAAACUUCUCGAUGCCCUUCCACAGGGAACUACACCACCAAAUAUCUUCCAUGUUGAUGAAUCUCUCCUAGACGAUGCCCAGGAAGCCGCAGAUGCUUACGAAAAGGUCCUCAUUAGGGGCUUUGCUAAUAAAGACUCGGUCAAACUCCCCAUGUUUGAUCUUCUACUUCUCGGAUGUGCACCCGAUGGUCACAUUUGUAGUCUUUUCCCAGGCCAUCCUCUUCUGCGUGAAGAAUAUGCUUGGGUUGCUCCCAUUGAAGAUGCUCCUAAACCACCACCGCGCAGAAUCACUCUUACUCUGCCUGUCAUUUACCAUGCUCAUCGUGUUACUUUUGUUGUUGAGGGUUCCACAAAGGCUCCAGUUCUGAAAACCAUUAUGGAACGCCCAGAAAAGGGUCUCCCCUCAUCUCUUGUCAAUGAAGCAGCCGCAGGUAAAGUCUCUUGGUUUGUAGAUGAUGAAGCUCUUAGUGGAGUUUUUGUUACGAAAAAGGAGUACAAAAUACAGGUUCCUUUAAAAAAAUAG